AUGUGCACAGAUCCAGUGGAUGAGGGCACAGGAGGAGAAAAGCACCUGAAGUUCCACUAUGACCCUCAGUCUGGUGUCUGUACGCCUUUCUUCUAUAAAGGACAGGGUGGAAACAGCAACCGCUUUGACAGUGAUGAAGACUGUCUGAGAGAGUGCUCAGCUAAAUACAAUGAGAUGUAUCCAAGUGAUCUGGUGUGUUCUCUCCCGAUGGACCGAGGCGACUGUUUUGCUACCAUUCCACAGUAUUAUUAUGACAGUGUUGAGAAGAUCUGUCGUUUAUUCCUGUAUGGAGGCUGUCGGGGGAACGGCAACCGUUUUAAGAGCAGAGAGGACUGUCAGAUGAUGUGUCUUGCAAAAUCUGGACGCCUGCUGUCUGGUGAAAAUGUCCCAAACCCAGACCAAAAGAAUGUUGAUGCGGGGCUGAUUGUUGGUGUUGUUGGUGGUCUUGUGUUUGCCGGUGCUGUUAUUGCUGCUGUCGUGAUGUUUGUCCUGCAUAAGAAAGGCAAAAAGGCAGAACGAAAGCCAGUGCCGACAAACGAUAUUGAAAUAAACUAGACGAUUACUGUUGCAACGUCACUGUUUGUACAUAAUUUGUGCUUUUAUAUCCGUUUAUCAUUUAUUCAAGUCAUGUUCUCAAAGUGAUAAACAUUGUUGCUCAUUGGUACAUAUAACGUGUCUUGAAUUCAGUUUUUAUUUGACUAGAGGUUCGUGAAAAGAAAAAACAGCCUAGCUUAAAUUUUCUU